AUGGAUUUGACGCAGGGCCUCACCCUCCUGCUCUCCUCGGUGUGGAGAUGUACGAUGAGCCGCUGUCUUAAGAAGCAUGAACUGAAGGACGUUGCGGAGAAGAGGCUGCACUACCCUCAACUUAUGGAUGUGAGCCCUGAAGCGGCGGCAGCGGCCGACUCCGAGUUCUCCUGCCCGGUGCAGCUGUACAAUCAGCAGCCUGUGGAGCUCAGUGACCGGUCCGUGUCCCCCUGGAGAUACGUGAGGAAAACCAUGAAGGAUCACUUCCCCCACGAGUACGCCGAGGCCCAGUGCCUGUGUUCAGGCUGCAUCCUGAUCCAGGGCCAGAAUCCUCCCCAGGAGAGUCAUGACUAUAACUCGGUCCCCGUGCUGCAGAGCCGCGGCUUCCUGAAGAGGGAGCUCUGCAGCGGGGGGGAGAAAUACCACCUGAAGCUUGUCACCGUGCAGGUCGCUGUGGGCUGCACCUGCGCCAGGGCCAAGUCCUCCUAGGAGCUUCCACGAAGAACCACCACACUCGGCCCUCACCCUGAACGCCACACUCGGCCCUCACCCUGAACGCCACACUCGGUCCUGACCCUGAACGCCACACUCGACCCUGACCCUGAACGCCACACUCGGUCCUGACC